UAAACCAAUUACAAAUGGAACCUCUUUCAACUGGAAUUACUUGCCAUAUAGUACAUACAGCACAGUAAAUGAAAGCUUGGAAGCCAGGACCAGAGUUGAGAAACACUGGAUUAAAAUAACAGACAACUGUUAACCAUGAUUCCUAGAUAAAUGAACAUGAAACAGACGAUGUUUGGGCAUAUAUACAAUUAUUUACAGGACAUGCGCUUCCACUUGCUUCCAUGUCGCGAGGUGGAUGGUAAACAUUGGGGUGGAUAAUUUCAUUUUUUCUGAAAUGAAUCAUACAGACAAUACUGAAAAAGUUGGCAGAGCCUUGUCAAAAUGUUGAUCGGAUAAAGAACUCUCAUAAGUUGAAUUUACCAGUUGAAAUUACUAGUUUCCCCUUAAUUAUUUUUUCUUAGAAGCCAUCGAGCCAGAAAAUGUUUACCCGUGAUUCUGACAGCUGACUCCAUUUCAAGGUCUCUGCUAAAUGCCCUGAUUGUUUAGCUGGCUGAAAAUCAGAUACUGAGGGAAUCUCCAACAGACUGCACCCCUCCAUCCUCUGGUCCUGCCCUAUAAGGUUCCUGCACAUGCUCCAGAUGGCAUAAAAACAGAAGUGUUUUGGACCCUCCCCUCCUGCCCCUGCCUUUCCUGCUCUGUCUGUCUGCGCUGGUCGGCAUCGUCUGAGGAUGUGGCUGUUACUGGGUGUCCUUCUGGUCCUGGCUGUGGUGUUCUUAGUACAACAGUACAGCCGCAGACCCAAAAUCUUCUCACUGGAGUCACUGCGGCCACCUGGGCCUCUGGUGCUGGACAAGAAACAGCGGGACAAGGUGUUGAAACAAGGUUUCCACGCGGGCCGCGUGCCGGACAGACUGGACGCUGUUGUCAUCGGCAGCGGCAUCGGCGGGCUGACGGCGGCGGCGGUUCUGGCCAGGGCCGGGAAACGGGUUCUGGUUCUGGAGCAGCACGACCAGGCCGGCGGCUGCUGCCACACCUUUGAGAGCCAGGGCUUCGAGUUCGACGUUGGGAUCCACUACCUGGGGCAGCUGCAUGAGAACAGCAUGCUGAGGGUGGCUCUGGACCAGAUCAGCGAGGGCCAGCUGGACUUCGUGGAGCUGGAGCAGCACUUUGACACCGUGGUCAUCGGGGAAGGGGAAGAGCGCCGGGACUACCUCAUCCACGCCGGCAAGGCCGAGAUGGGGCGGAGCCUGAGACGACAGUUCCCCGACGACACGGAGGCCGUGGACCAGCUCAUGAAGCUCGUGAAGGUUGCAGCUCGUCACGUCGCCCUUCUGGCCGUUCUCAAGAUGAUGCCGGUGACGCUGGUCCGCUUCCUGAUCCGGGCGGGCAUCCUGGGCUGGGUCUCGCCCAUAUUUCGCCUGGCCACCACCAGCCACACCCACCUGAUGGACAGCCUCACUCAGAACAAGGACCUGUGUGCUCUGUCUGCCUACCUUUUCUAUGGAGUACCCCCUAAAAACUCAAGUUUCCUCAUCAAUGCUCUGCUGCUACACCACUACAAGCGAGGGGCCUACUACCCACGUGGGGGGGCCAGCGAGUUCGCCUUCAACAUCAUCCCGGUCAUCCAGAAGACAGGGGGCGCUGUGCUUGUGAGAGCUCCAGUGCAGCGCAUCCUUGUGAACCAGGAGGGUGUGGCAUAUGGAGUAACGGUGCGAAAAGGUCAGGAGGAAAUAGAGGUUCUGGCCCCAGUAGUCAUCUCCAACGCUGGUAUGUUCAACACCUUUGACAAGUUCCUGUCUGCGGAUAUCCGAGUCAAACCAGAAAUACAGUCCCAGCUUAGCUUGGUACAGCACGGGAUGGGUUCCUUCCUGGUGUUUGUGGGUCUUGAUGGAACAAUGGAAGAGCUGGGAAUAGUCUCCACCAACUUCUGGAUGUAUAAACACAAUGACCUGGACCAGCUGAUGGAGAAAUACGCCUCCCUGAGCCAGGAGGAAGUGGCCAAGAACAUUCCAAUGAUGUUCAUCACGUUCCCCUCUGCUAAGGACCCCACGGCCAGCGUCAGGCACCCCGGGAAGUCUUGUAUGACCCUGCUCACCAUGGCCAAGUACGAGUGGUUCGAGGAGUGGAAAGACACCAAGAUGAGCAGGAGGGGGCCCGACUACGAGGACCUCAAAAUGAGCAUCGCCAGGUCGCUGCUAGACUGGGCCCUGACCCUGUUUCCCCAGCUCAGGGACAAGGUUGUGUUCAUGGAGGCUGCCACCCCUCUCACUAACAUGCAUUACCUGGGCGCUUCACGCGGGGAGAUGUACGGAGCUGAACACAAUCUCGACCGCUUCGCACCAGAGGCUGUGGCCAGAAUCCGGGCCCAAACACCAAUCAAAAACCUCUACCUCACAGGCCAGGACGUGUUUUGUAACGGGAUGGCGGGGGCUCUGCAUGGGGGUCUCCUGUGUGCUUCAGCGGUCCUGAACCACAACGUCUACAUCGACCUGCUGGCCCUGAAGAAGAAGCUCAAAUGGCGGAAGGCCCAGAAGCAAGCCUGACCUGACCUUUAACCCCACCUCCCAAACCCCUCCUACCACACUCGCUACCCCCACCUGGCCAUCCUCCAGAGACCUUCUGCCGCAGGCACAAACCUAAUGUAGUCCGGUGGGUCCUCCUUGAAUAGACCUGAUGGUGGAAAUCCAGAGAGAGCUUCCAUCAGGGUUUCUGAUACCUGUGAAAUGUGUAGACAACUCCAUUGUGCAUUUAACUCAAGUUAUCUCUUCUCACUUGACGGAAGUGGUGAACCUCCAGAACUGAGAUGAACUCUUUGUCUGUCUGUCAGUAACACUGUGCUGAAGCAUCCUCUGUACUUUUUAUCUUGUUUCUUUAAGCUGUAUGCAUCAGUGUAAAUCUUCCCUCCUGUCUUUGAACCUCAUAAACAGAAGCACUGGAGCUGGA